CACAAAGCUAACUUAAGCUGCACGCAGAGAAACACAUAGAAAGGUUACCUGGCAGCGUUUAAGCAGCACACAGCACGCAGCUCCAUGCUUUAUUCCGCUCCCCGUUCGUGAAACCGAAGGUUUAUAAAUGGAUACUGUGAGUAAAUGGGACAGUCUGCUGUAUGUGAACAGGGCCAUGUUUAGCUGUUUGGAUCCUCCUCAGGUCGAGAGCCUGGUACGCCUCAUAGUUGCGCAAAUCGCGCAUGUUCUUGCAUCGUUUUGAAAAGUGGACACAAAAGUCAAGAGAGAAGCUAAAACCUGUCAGAAAUGACUGAGAAAGUCUGCACUCCGGUGGCCCGGACGGUACUGCAGCAGUGUUUGCAGGCCAGGCUGCAGGUGAAACCAGCAGAUGAACACUCAGAAGCUCAGUUUGUCCAGAUUGACAGAGGAAUGGUGAUCUACAUCUGCUUCUUCAAAGGAGCCACAGAUGACAUCCUCCCCAAGAUGGUGUCCACGCUGUUGAACCUGCGGCUGUGUGAGUCGGCUUCCGGGAAGAUGCUGUCGGUGCUGGAGCUUCCUGGCAGUUUGCUGAUCGUCCCUCAGGCCACGCUGGGAGGAAAGGCCAAAGGCAGGGCCAUGCAGUACCACAACAACAUCAGCAAGGAGGAUGGGCUGCAACUCUACAGUGCUUUUGUUUCUCUCUGUGAGAAGGACCUGACCGCUGCUGCAGCUGGGAGCAGUGCUGAUGUGACAGUCAAACACGGGACCUAUGGUAAUAGACAAGUGCUGAAGCUUGACACCAAUGGACCAUACACACAUCUGAUGGAGUUCUGAAGCUGAGCUCGGCAUUUAAAGACAUCUGAGAGUCCAGAUGUCAUAUUAUUGUCCAUGUGUCUACCAAUAAAAGACAGAAUUUGUCAGUUGUUUGUGUAAUCAACCAAAACUGGAUUGUCAGCUAAGUGAAACAUUUCCAGCGGCAAUUCUAGAGGCUUUUGGGGGCCUGGGUAAAAAAUGUCAGCAGGCCCCUUCAACCUACGUUCACCAGUAUGUUAUAAAUUAUCUGAAACCAACAAAAAAAAAUGUGCACUGAAGUUGGGUACAUCAAAGCCACCACAGCUGAACGCACUAGGCUGCUCUUCUAGUUAAGUUAACUAAUAUUAAGCUGCAUCCCCACAGGAAGUGAUUCACAGUCGUGUGGUGAUCAGAGAACUUACAAAGUCACUUACAUGUGGUGACUAUGGGCUGGCAACAUGAAGUAAGCAGGACCCAAGAUAAACUUUUCUCAACUUCCAGGCAAGUGAUUGAAGCAGCUACCAGUGACAGUGCAGGACUCUGGUUACUGACACAUGGUGUGGUAAACUAAAUAUAAUGGAGGGUUAUCAAGGCAACUGGUAGGGGUGGAUGGAUAGAUCAAAAUCAAAAACCGUGUCGACACACACAUUGGUAUUGGAAUCAGGUAACUAUUAGUGUGCUGUGAUCAAACACCUUUCAGUUUUUCUCAGUUUCCCAUUUCAUCAAAAAUCAAACAUGUUAUGGAAUUAGGCAAUGAAAAUUUGAAAUAGAAAUAGUAAAACUGCCAACAUUUUUAUCAACAUUUAAAGGUACAGUAAUUAAUUUUGGAGGUUAUACAAAAACAAAACAAAAAAAGAAUAUUGCAUUCAUACAUUAUUUGAUCCC